GUAAAAAUUGGAGUAACGGUGCUCGAAGGAGACUGGAAUACGAAAUAAUAUUAUUUUAUUUUCAACAUACCAACGAAAUAUACAUGGAUGCACAUUUUACGAGAUAAGCAUAAAGUCUUUGAUUUAAGAUCAUGUAGCUGCAACCUUGUUUUGCAUGUGCGGUAAUAUUCCAAGACAUAUGUGAUACGUUGGGUGUGCUCAGCGCAAUAACGGCGCUAGCAAGCUAUUUCAAACGGUAAAAUAAAUCCAGAUUGCUAGGAGAUAGCCAGCUAGUUUGCGGGGGAGCAAGCUGCCUACUCGGGCAGAGGCAUCAUCGGAUGCAUCGACCAAGAAGAGGCAUCUGGUAGGCAUUAACCGACAAUACAAUCUCGGGGCAUGCAAAGCGGUGUGUUUUGUGCAAACGGUUGAUAAAUCCCGCGUCCUCGGGUCUGGUCGUGGGAUUAACCAGCCGGGAGAGAAGGAGAAGGUGGGGCCGAGGAGUGUCAAAAACGGUCGAGUUAAACCCAGCGCAUGUAACUUGGCGCUCUAGCUAGCGGGCUAACAUUACCUUCUCCAUCGGUUUUCCAUUUGGGAAAUUAAUUUAGGAAACUAUAAUUAUUCGACCAUUGGAAUUCUGAGAGCUUGCUGGGGUAUUCCGUGGCAGUUCCCCCUCUCCCCCAACAAGGAUCAGUCAGAGCUGUACACUUGAGGCCAUUGGCUUCUCUACAAAUAAUACCGUGUGGGGCGAAUUUCACGGGGGUAGCAUCCCCGUUUGCUUUGGACCAUGGCGGACGACGACGUGCUUUUCGAGGAUGUCUACGAGCUGUGCGAGGUGAUUGGGAAGGGUCCCUUCAGUGUGGUGAGGCGCUGUAUCAACAGGGACACAGGGCAGCAGUUUGCAGUGAAGAUCGUAGAUGUGGCCAGUUUCACCUCCAGCCCUGGCCUCAGCACAGAGGAUCUGAAGAGAGAGGCCAGUAUCUGUCACAUGCUGAAGCACCCUCACAUCGUAGAGCUACUAGAAACCUACAGCUCCGAUGGCAUGCUCUACAUGGUCUUUGAGUUUAUGGAUACAGCUGACCUGUGUUUUGAGACUGUGAAGCGGGCCGAUGCUGGUUUUGUCUACAGUGAAGCUGUAGCCAGUCACUACAUGAGACAGAUCUUGGAGGCGCUGCGGUAUUGCCAUGACAACAACGUGAUUCACCGUGACGUGAAGCCUCACUGUGUCCUGCUGGCCUCUAAGGAGAACUCAGCUCCUGUCAAGCUGGGGGGGUUUGGAGUGGCCAUACAACUAGGAGAAUCAGGCCUGGUGGCAGGAGGUCGAGUAGGCACGCCCCACUUCAUGGCCCCAGAGGUGGUGAAGAGAGAGCCAUAUGGUAAGCCUGUAGACGUGUGGGGCUGUGGAGUCAUCCUGUUCAUCCUGCUGUCUGGCUGCCUGCCCUUCUACGGUACCAAGGAACGCCUGUUUGAGGCUAUCAUUAAGGGGAAAUAUAAGGUAAUGAACCCACGCCAGUGGAGCCACAUCUCAGAGAGCGCCAAGGACCUGGUGCGUCGCAUGCUGAUGCUGGACCCCGCAGAGAGGAUCACUGUCUACGAAGCCCUCAACCACCCCUGGCUUAAGGAGAGGGACAGGUAUGCCUACAAGAUCCACCUGCCAGAGACGGUGGAGCAGCUGAGGAAGUUUAAUGCAAGGAGGAAGCUCAAGGGGGCCGUGUUGGCUGCUGUCUCCAGCCACAAGUUUAACUCCUUCUACGGAGACCCACCAGAGGAGAUGCCUGACUUCUCUGAAGACCCCACCUCCUCAGGGGCAGUAUCCCAGGUGCUGGACAGCCUGGAGGAGAUCCAUGCUCUGACCGACUGCAGUGAGAAAGAUCUGGACUUCUUACACAGCGUCUUCCAGGACCAACACCUACACACACUGCUGGACCUCUAUGACCAGAUCAACACCAGGUCGUCUCCUCAGAUCAGGAACCCUCCCAGUGAUGGAGUACAGAGAGCCAAAGAGGUACUGGAGACAAUCUCCUGUUACCCUGACAACAUGGAGGCCAAGGAACUCCGGAGGAUCCUCACACAGCCACACUUCAUGGCCUUGCUCCAGACCCAUGAUGUGGUGGCCCAUGAGGUGUACAGUGACGAGGCUCUGAGGGUGACCCCCCCGCCCACCUCACCCUACCUGAACGGAGACUCUCCCGAGAGCACCAACGGGGACAUGGACCUGGAGAACGUGACUCGAGUACGCCUGGUUCAGUUCCAGAAGAAUACUGACGAACCUAUGGGCAUCACUCUGAAGAUGAACGAUCUGAACCACUGCAUCGUGGCCCGUAUCAUGCACGGAGGAAUGAUCCACAGACAAGGUACGCUGCAUGUCGGCGAUGAGAUCAGAGAGAUCAACGGGAUCAGCGUUGCCAAUCAGACCGUAGAACAGCUCCAGAAGAUGCUGAGGGAAAUGCGAGGGAGUGUUACCUUUAAGAUCGUACCCAGCUACCGGUCACAGUCCAUGUCUUGCGAGGUAUGGACCGAUUCUCUUGUGUCUCUAGAAAAUCAGAAAGAGUCCCCCGACCCAUCCAGACAGUCGCCAGCGAACGGCCAUGCUAGCGUCACUAGCUCCAUCCUGGAUCUGCCCUCUACCAUCCAGCCUAAAGGACGACAGAUCUACGUGCGUGCCCAGUUUGAGUACGACCCCGCCAAGGAUGACCUCAUUCCCUGUAAGGAGGCCGGGAUCCGCUUCCGGGUGGGUGACAUCAUCCAGAUCAUCAGUAAGGACGACCACAACUGGUGGCAGGGCAAGCUGGAGAACACUAAGAACGGAACCGCAGGGCUCAUACCGUCACCAGAACUACAGGAGUGGCGUGUGGCGUGUAUCGCCAUGGAGAAGACCAAGCAGGAGCAGCAGGCCAGCUGUACCUGGUUUGGCAAGAAGAAGAAACAGUACAAAGACAAGUACCUGGCCAAGCACAACGCAGUGUUUGACCAACUAGACCUGGUCACGUAUGAAGAGGUGGUCAAACUGCCUGCAUUCAAGAGGAAAACGCUUGUUUUGUUGGGGGCCCAUGGAGUUGGCAGGAGGCACAUCAAGAACACGCUCAUCACUAAGCACCCAGACCGAUUUGCCUACCCCAUUCCUCACACAACCAGACCUCCAAAGAAGGACGAGGAGAAUGGGAAGAACUACUACUUUGUGACACAUGACCAGAUGAUGCAGGACAUCAGCAACAAUGACUACCUGGAGUACGGUAGUCACGAGGACGCCAUGUACGGCACGCGGCUAGAGACCAUCCGCCAGAUCCACCAGCAGGGUAUGAUCUCCAUACUGGACGUGGAACCACAGGCACUCAAGGUGUUGAGGACGGCGGAGUUUGCCCCUUACGUUGUGUUCAUCGCAGCUCCCACCAUCACCCCUGGAAUGAACGAGGAUGACUCCCUCCAGCGGCUGCAGAAGGAGUCCGAGGGCCUCCAGAAGACCUACGCCCAUUACUUCGACCAGACCGUCAUCAACAACGAGAUCGACGACACCAUCCGUCUGCUGGAGGAGGCUGUGAACCUGGUGUGCACCACCGCCCAGUGGGUUCCUGUGUCCUGGGUUUAUUAACCCCUGAACCCAGACCAACCAACACCAAACUCUGACUGUCGUCCCCCAUUCCCCAACAAACUCCGGUUUUCUUUUACAAUGCAUCUCUGUGGAACAUCUCUGUGGAAAAUCUCUGUGGAAACCGUGUGGAUGAAGGAAAAAGGUCUGAUACCGCCUCUGAAACCUCAGUCAGUCCUCCUGAAGAAAAACAGUGACUUCUGUCGUCUUCCUCUCCACUCCUUACUGACUGCCUUAAAGGCACAUCGUUGUGUGUGUAUAUAUAUACAUAUACAUACAUAUAUAUAAUAGAAAAAUAAUGAAUAUGGUCCUGUUCUUAGAGUUGAAUGAAAGGAAGGUGGGGAGGGAGGGGGGGGGUACAUUUUCUACCUUUUUUCUUUUUGUAUCGUUACAGCGCCAGCUGUCUGAGGCGAGAUAGUGAGGAGGACAGACGUGACACACGGUGAUGGGUGUCUGUUGCUGUUUACCUUGUAUAAGGCAAUUCCUAUGGUCAUCAGUCGGAAGCUUGCCGUGUGACCCCCUGACCCCUUACUCCUAUUGGCCGCCUCAUACUCUUCGUGCUCCGCCCCUCAGAGACAGCGGAGGUCCCUCUCGCACAGUCGCCGCUGCCGCAGUGACACCACGUCCUAUUGGGCGAAUAGAAAAGCACAGUGAACACCCCUCCCCCUAUCCCUUUCCUUUUAUUUAUUUCAUAGGUCCCUGUAUCUGUCAAUCAAAUUGUUGAAGGAGCACCCCCCCGAACUCUCUUCAUUCCCUACAUACCCUGUUUGUUUACAUCUCAGUUUGCACAAUGGAGAGAACAGGUGCUCUCCCCCCUCUGUUUCUUUCUCUCUCUCUUUCUCUCUGUAAAGCGAUGACUCUCCUCGGUCAGAGCGUGUGUUUGGUCAUCGCCAAAGCACGGGUGUCCAAGCCAGAGGGCAUCCCUCUGAAUGGACGGACAGGAGGAGGGAAGAAACAACAAGAUCCAACACGGUCACCCUGCAUGCGGCUGGGGCAGAAGACUCUGACUCCUAUGCACACCCCCCAGUCCUGCAGGCCCAUAAUAGUGAGCCGUGUAUGUAAAUUGUCCCUAUUUGAUAUGUUGUGGGAAUGGGAGGGGAAGAGGAUACGGAGUGGGACGUCCAAUCCUAUAGGUCCACCAUUUCAGAACUGUGUCGUCUUAAAAGAGUAUUACUGUUUUAAGUUCAAUGGAAGGAGAUGCAUUUUUAUGGUGUGUAAAUGUUUCAAUGGUUCGUAAGUCAUAUGAGUGAUGCCAAGAGCCAGUGUGUGUAUAAUAAUAAUAAUACUAAAAGAGCUCAUUGUGACAAACUCUUCCUAACACUUUACUUGCGGUGACAUGACAUAGCGCCUUAUGAGCACUGUCGUAAAAAGGGCGUAGAGCCUGUCUUGAACUGUCGUAGCAUAAAAAAAGAAAAAUGCUUUGUCAUGCUUCUGACAGUGUGUUAUGUAGGGGUUAUGUCUCUGCCUGGAGUAAAGUGUUACCAUUUAAAGUCCUGUGUAAAGUUCCCUCUGCAAAUGACAAGCAGCUCUACGGUAUGAAAUGUUGUUCUUUUUCUUUUCUGUUUUGUAAAAAAUAUAUUUCAUUUUAAGUGUUGACAAAGUAAACUGCCUUUGGGUUCUGUCUCA